AUGGAUAAUGAAAAGUGUCGUGUUUUAAUACAAUUGUAUGGAGCUAAAGAUUUCUUAUGGAAUAGUAAAUCUCCACUUUACCACAAUAAAUCAGUGAGAGAAGAUGCGUGGAAAGAAAUAAGUUCAGUAAUGAACAUACCUGCUGUCGAACUGAAGAAGAAAAUGACAACGCUUCUGGCGUCUUAUAGAAGAGAGAAAUCAAGAAUAGCCAAAAGUCUUAUUACUGGUUCUGGUAUACAUCAAGUUUACGUAUCAAAGUGGUUUGCUUUUGACGACUUUGAUUUUAUGAAAGAUAAAGACGUACCUAAUGAAACAUCCGAUACUAUAACGGAAGAUGUAAGUUAA